CCUUCGGCCUUUCUCGCAACUGCCAGUCGCAUCCACACAUCUACUGUACAACACACUCUAUCCUACCAUAGCUGCCUCCCCACUCCGGUCCUCCUUCCAAGUUCGUCAUCCGCUAGGGAGCUCAACAAGUUAUCCCCACCGCCCCGUCUCUGACGCAUUCUGGACAAUUCGUUCCCACCCCCAUCACCACGCGACAAGCUCGUCCUCAGGGCUUACAUAUACAGAAGACGCUGUCAAAACCCCCCCCGUUUCUCGGCUGUGGGCUAUGGCGGAAGAGCAGCAGCAGACCAGCCAGCUGACGGGCGGCGCACACCACCAUUUUGCCGUGACUACUUUCACGAAACCGACUUAUUGCGCUUGCUGUAGGAAGUUCCUUUGGGGAAUCAUAAGGCAGGGGUUGCAGUGUGAGAAAUGCGGUGCGGCAGUGCACGCAAAAUGCCAAUACAUAAUUGAGUCCCCCUGCUCAGCAGCCUUCAUCGACAGCCUCGUGGCAGUAUAUAGCGAGAACGCUGACAGCGAGCCGCAGCUCUCCGAAAAAUCCACCGGCAGCGACGAAGACGGGACCGUGGUGCUCUCGCGAAGGGUGCGGUCCAACUCCUCCUCGGCCAAAUCUGUCGCGUCGUCUACUACCGUGAUCCCCAGCUCGCCUUCCGCUACGACGCUGGCGUCGACGUCUGACACGGAAUCGCCUGGCAUUGUGGCGGAUUUGAUUGCGAGUACGGCGAUUAAUUCGGCUGCGAUGCGUCGAGCGUCGAGCGAUCAGCCGGCGCUGAAUCUCCUAACCACGACGCCUAAGAAUUUGACCCGGUUUGUGUUGCGCCUGGAUGCCGUGGUCCAGUUCCAGGAGGAGCUUACCGAGGUGCUGACGUGGCAAAAUCCGUCUAAAACGCUGGUCGUGAUGAGCAUCUACGUGUUCUUAUGCCUCUACCCAAUCCUCUUCCUCGUCUCCCCCCAACUCCUCAUCAUCUACCUCAUAAUGCGCAACUACUACGAAAAGGCCAAAACCCGCGCCACGGGCCAAACCACCACCCCCAAAGUGCAAUACCUCAAAAACCUCCAGUUCAUCCAAAACUCCAUGGGCAUCUACUGCGAUGCCUACGACGACAUUAAGAAGAACGGCGCCCUGCUCGACUGGUCGGACGCGGACCUCACCGCCCACUUACUCAAAAUGGUCCUGGUGUCCAUGUUUGGGGUCACCAUCUUUGUGCGCUUUGUGCCGUUCAACUAUGUCUUGCUCGUCGCCGGCGUGGGAGUCUUUUUGUACAACACGGCGGUGUUUCGCGCCGCGGCUAUGACGCUGCCGCCGGUCAUCUUGAAGAAGCUCAAGUUCCAGGUGGACACUUUCAAGGAGGCGGUUAAGGAGGCGAGGAAGACGGGGGAUGGGAGUAUUGUGGUUGUUAGUUUGUUUGAGAAUCAGCGGUGGUGGGCAGGCCUCGGCUGGAUCCCGCACCUCCUCCGCUCCGAACGCGGCGCCUGGUCCGACUCCACCGGCACCCUCUCCCGCCCCACAAAAGACCUUUUCACGCCCCCGCCCGACCCGCUCGGUGACUGGGAAUGGGCCGACGACGACUGGCUGCUCGAUGUCGGGUGGGCCGACGUCGACCCGAACACUGGCGGGUGGCAGUACUCGGACCAUGCGUGGGCGAACCCUAGGCGUGCGCCGUAUAUGUCGAGUUUGACGAGACGGAGGAUGUGGGUGAGGAAGAUGAGGCUGGUUACCGUGCCUGGGACCGGGGUGGCUGGGGCGUACCCUGUGCAGGCUGUUGCGCCGGCGGCUGAGGAGGGGGUGAAGGAGGCGAAGAUCGAGUGAAUGGAAAGUUUUACACACGGCGGCGUAGUGUUGUCCUUUGGUUAGCUGUGUGUUGUUUACGUUGUACGACUGAUUCGUGGUUUGCGUGGCCCCUGCCUGCUUCGCUGAUGGGCUGUAUGUAGUUGGUUAUAUCCCUGCGAGUAUCUCUGCAACCCCGUCCGUAGUUGUUUUUCUUCUUGUACAUACAUAUACCUCCUGAGACCGCCGUUUCUCGUAAGAAAAAGGACUGUUGCGUAUACUGACGUUGCACAUCCCGCGAACAUGUGUUUGAUG